GCAUCUUUAUCCCUUCGUUCCCAUUGGCUGCUGAAACUUGUUGGAGCUUUUCCCUCUCGAAUAAGAAAAGGCUCCAAGAACCUAUCGGUGCUCGCGACCCGUCCCCCCCUCUCGAGCCCGCCUGGCCCAGACUUGUCCGGGAGACUGUAAAAAUAGGUCCAGCCUUCACACCGGUUAAAUAAGCUCGUGUCAGAGACAGAGCAGUUCUAUACUGUCAACACAUUAACAGUGUAAGGACUCACCCCGCCGCUCCACACACCGCGCUGCACUUUGCCUCUGAAUUUAGCCUGACUGCUUCGGGGGCUCUCACACUCAUAUAAAAUCCCCCUCUUCUCCUCCGCCACACACUGGAUCUGUCAGACAUUUUCUACCUUCAAAACACUUGUGACCAACAAGGCUACACUUUAACUGGACAUCUAGAAACUUGUCCGUCUUUUUUUUAUUAUUAUUUUUAUUUUAUUUUUAUAUCCUCUUUUUUUUUUUUUUUUUUUUUAAUGGUACAAUGUCGUCUUUGCCAGGAACGGUACCGCGGAUGAUGCGCCCGGCUCCCGGACAGAACUAUCCCCGCACUGGAUUCCCUCUGGAAGUGUCCACUCCUCUGGGCCAGGGACGGGUCAACCAGCUUGGAGGGGUCUUCAUUAACGGCCGGCCUCUGCCCAACCACAUCCGACACAAGAUAGUGGAGAUGGCCCACCACGGGAUCCGGCCCUGCGUCAUCUCCCGACAGCUGCGGGUCUCCCACGGCUGCGUCUCCAAGAUCCUCUGCCGCUACCAGGAGACCGGCUCCAUUCGACCCGGAGCGAUCGGAGGCAGCAAGCCCAGGCAGGUAGCCACGCCGGACGUGGAGAAGCGGAUAGAGGAGUACAAGCGGGACAACCCCGGCAUGUUCAGCUGGGAGAUCCGGGAUAAGCUGCUGAAGGACGGUGUGUGUGACAGAAGCACAGUCCCUUCAGGUGAGGCCUCCCCUGUCAGUUCGAUCAGCCGUGUACUUCGAGCUCGAUUUGGAAAAAAGGACGAUGAGGACGAGUGUGAUAAGAAGGAUGAAGACGGAGAGAAGAAAACCAAACACAGCAUCGACGGCAUCCUCGGCGACAAAGGCAGUCGGAUGGAUGAAGUGUCAGACGUGGAGUCAGAGCCUGACCUCCCGCUAAAGAGGAAGCAGCGCAGGAGUCGGACCACAUUCACAGCGGAGCAGCUGGAGGAGCUGGAGAAGGCUUUCGAAAGAACCCACUACCCCGACAUCUACACCAGGGAGGAGCUCGCCCAGAGGACUAAACUGACUGAGGCCAGGGUCCAGGUGUGGUUCAGCAAUCGAAGGGCCAGGUGGCGAAAGCAAGCAGGAGCCAAUCAGCUUGCAGCAUUCAACCACCUGUUGCCAGGCGGAUUUCCUCCCACAGGGAUGCCAACACUUCCUACAUACCAGCUGCCAGAGUCCAGCUACCCAAGCAAUACUCUGUCCCAAGAUGGUGGUGGUACAGUUCACCGUCCACAGCCCUUACCUCCAUCCACCAUGCACCAGAGCGGACUGUCCAGCACUGACAGCAGCUCCGCCUACGGUCUGGCCUCCAACCGUCAUGGCUUCUCCAGCUACUCUGACACUUUUAUGAGCUCUGCAGCACCUAGCAACCAUGUCAACCCUGUCAGCAAUGGACUCGCCCCACAGGUGAUGAGCAUCCUGAGUAACCCAAGUGGCGUUUCCUCGCAGCCACAACAUGACUUCUCCAUUUCACCGCUCCAUAGCGCCUUGGACUCCUCUCCAUCCAACACCAUUUCAGCCAGCUGCAGCCAGCGUUCAGCUGAGGCCUCCAUUAAGACAGUGGACAGCCUUCCAUCAUCCCAGUCCUACUGCCCCCCAACAUACAGCACGACCAGCUACAGCAUGGACUCAGCUGUGGCAGCUGCCGGCUACCAGUACAGUCAGUAUGGCCAGACUGCUGUGGAUUACCUGGCAAAGAACGUCAGUCUGUCCAGUCAGCGCAGGAUGAAGCUGGCAGACCACUCGGCUGUAUUGGGACUGCUGCAGGUCGAGACUGGCCAGGCCUACUAGUACUCACCCAAGAUAUUUAAACAACAUGACACCUGGUCACCAGCACAACCCGCACCUCCUGCUACCAUCCAUACAAAUCUCCCAGUAGGCGUGUAUGUGUGUGUGUGUGUGUGUGUGUGUAUGUUAUAGACUGACUAUACAUGGGGCUGAUAUUUAGCUUUUUUAUACUUUAUAUUUCUGUUUCUCCUGGGUUUAAGGAUUGAAUGAUGCAGCUUUAAACAUUCCCCAUGGGACCAACCAAAUCCACAACGAGGAUUUCCACUGUUAGGAGUUGUGUUUUUUAUUUGUUGCUCAUCUGUUGCACCAGAUUUUGUACACAGCAUCAGUUUAUUCAGGUUUAUUAGAUAACUUUAAACACUUACUAUGUGGCCCCUCAGCCAAUCAGUUUAGACAGACUUGAUUUGUAAAAUAUAUGUCAAAAACGUGUUUAUUAUGAAGUGAUAAUGCCAUAUCCUCACUACAGUAGCAUGCUUUUACCAUGUAAGGAUGACACACAAGUGAUUUCAGGUUUUCAAAACAGAAAAACAGCAAAAUCUCAGACAAAAUGACAAAAUUCUGCAUUAUAGUCAUCCUGUGAUGGUGCAUUCAGGCUGAACGCCAAGAAAACUUUAGGUAAAAUUUUAAAGUUUUAACAUUUCUAACUCACAUGGAUGCAUUUUUGCACCAAGAAUAAAUUCACACCUGUUUGUGUCCAUUGUGUCAUUGAACUGACAUAUUAAGAAUUCCCUUCACAUUCAGUCUUAGAGAAACACAACUACUUUACUAAGUCACCUCCUGGUCUCCCUGAUCACUUGAGAGUUUCAUUCAUUGACAUAUUUUUCCAGUUGUGUUGUCAGACAACUGCACUGCACUGAUUUGAUAAUGGCUCAUCAAUGCUACCUCAGAUUCAGGUGUGUUGUAUUUCUGACCAAACACAGCAUCAUGAUUGGGUGGGGAGAAUUAAAACCACUGGAGGUAAGCAAAAACAAGAUGUCCAGCUACUGUCUUGCAAACUAAGACAGAGCUCACAAGAGUUUUUUUUUUUCCUUCACCUUGAGAAGAAUAAAAUGCUGGGGCCUAAAUACUAUUAUACUUAUUUUUGAGCCAAACUGGUCAACUUUAUAGACACUGAAUAUCAGCACAAAAUAUUGGCAGCUUAAAAAGAAAAAAAGGUGUCUUCAGGAAUCCAUGUGUGCAUGUAUGUGCAAGUAUGUGAAGGAGAUAAACACCUCUGUAGCAGACUGAUAUGGACUAAUUCAGCCAUUCCUCAAGAGAUGUCUUUGUUCUGACACUACAGUCCUUCUUAUCAACAAGACCUCCCAAAGAGCUUGGGCAAUAGCUGGAGGUCAGAUGUACUCCUGACUGAGCAGCUGACAUUCAGUGUGAUGAUCACUGUCAGCUUGGUUGGAGUCAGACAUUUUUCCAGGCAGCUUGGUACCAAUCAUUACAGUCCUUUUAUUAAUUUAAUUUCUUUUGAUUGUAGUUAAUUUAAUGUCUAUUCCUUGCAUAUAUCAAUAAAAAACAACCACUGGGUAACACUAUUACAAGCCAACAUCAGCUAUCCACAAUUGCUCUUUAGAUAAGAAAUGGGUUUUGAUAAGUCAUAUCUGCAAUUAGUUAACAAUUUUGUUUAGUUUACAAGUGUAUCCCCUACAGUUACUUACAUAAGUAACUCUUUCAUACAUCAGAAAUAUAAUGCUGUGUGGAUUAUUUCUCUCUUUAACAUAUCAGACAGAAUGUUCAUAUUGAGCAUAUCUGCAAAAUGUUUACUAUGAGUGCUUUCAUGCCAUAAUCUGCCCAUGACAACUAAAGUAUGGUGUUGAUGGUAACCAACAUAAAAGUUUGCUUUAGUGCUUAUGUGUGAAAUCCAAAAAUUUCCUUUCAGCUCACUGUUGAUGUGUUGAAACCCAACAAAGCUGACAGUUGAGUUUCAACAAAUGUGAGUCGGGAGGAAAAUUGGGGGUUAAAUAAAAUCAGUAAAUGAAGAUACCAUAAACUCUCAAAUAAUGGGCUUUACUUACCUCAUCUGCAGAGGGAACCAGGCCUUCAUUUGAAACAGGCUAAGGACAGGCUGUCAUUACUACUUUCCCAGUGUGAAUAUUUUAUCAUAUUUUAGUAAAAGAAGGUUCAAUUUUCUGAUCCACUCCUGUCUUAAUUUGCUGUUGAUGCAAACGUCAUGUUUUCUCCAUGUCUAUCUGUUGUCUUGAUAAAUUCAGUAUAAAGUGCUUCCACCACACUCACUGCUGUUUAGCUAUAUCAGUGAAACUCAACACGUCCUGCAAAGAUAUUUCAAGUUAAAACCUUUCAGCAGAGAGCAUAACCUUCCACUUUUUAAUGUGAAAUAUCUUCAGGAAGUGUUGUGUGUAAUUAGCGAGAGCUUAACAGUGGAUGACAAAAAAAAUGGCAAGGUAGAAAUGGAAAUAAUUAGUGAGUUAAAAUAGUAAUUGUCUUAACUUAAAAAGGCUCAGUGAUUUUUUUUUUUUUACCUGGCUCUUGUUUGAGAAUCUAUGGUAUACAGGGGUAUAUAGAAUUUAUGUAUCAGAUAGUCAAUGAUGAUUCAUAAUGGUGGGUCCAAACAAUUUACCACUAAGAAUGUAUUUAGAGAUAAAUUAGCAUUACAUGUCAUUAAAGGAAUUACAGGUUUAUGUAAUGUCAGCCUCAAAAAUGAUAAAGCUGUUUCCCAUUCUAGUACAAUUUACAAACUGCACCAGUUCUAUUCAGGAUUCCAACAAGGAUUUGUGGAGCAGUCAGAAAGAGGGAGGUUAGUCAGAGAUUUGACCUUCCUCACUCUAAUCACCUGCACUGACCAAAGGGAAAGCUCCUUGUCAUUCUAGUCCUCCAUGCUUUCAACAGGAACUACUGCAAUGCUCAGGAGAGGAACAAAAUGCUGCAAAGAUGCCACCAUACUGAGCUUAGUGCUCUUUUCUUCAGUGAAAACCAAUUCAAGGUUAAUGGACUGGAGGAUAAAUGGAGAUCAAACAGAGGAUCAUUCCCCCAUCACAUCAUUCCACACAUAAAAAUACAUGAACAGUCCACUAUACUUCUGCAUUGUUAAAGUUCUAUUUCUUUCUUUCUCACUUUGUUGUAUUUAAGGCCAUUUCAGGCAGAUGCUCAGUGUUAAAUCCUGGGCUUGUGUGAAGAUGAUGCUAUGUAAUUUCCAUUCCCAUAGGACACUGGUGUCCAUGUAAAGCUAUGGUGAGGACAGUCAUUACUGUCUCAUGCAUUGUAACAUUAUCCCUCUGCAUCUCCACAAGAGCCAUGGAAACUCUUUGGACGCUGGCUGUGUUAACCUUCUACCUUGUGUAUAUAUAUUUUUUCACUGAGAGCAAACCAAGGAGAACAUUAAGGAUCAAAUGUACAGAUAUGCUCAUUCACCCCCACCCUUCCUGUUUACCUCUUGGUCCUUGCUCUGCUUGUUUUGUUCUGCUUUCUGUUUGGCAUGUGUGUAGUAUAAUUUAUUCUACCUGUAUGAAGUAUUAGACUAGUGAGAAAUUUGUAUUGGCAUUUACUCCCUUCAGCCUCUUGGUGUGUCAUCUGUAACACUGGCGUAACUGUCUGUUCAUUAAAGCUCUACAACUGGACCAAGA